GAACUUAAAACCUUGAAUUUAUGGAGAGCAGUUUUCGCCGAAUUCUUAGCAACGAUGUUGUUUGUCUUUCUAGGAUGUGCUGCAACAUUGACGGGAACGGGCACAGCCAAAGAAGUUAAGAUAGCCUUUACGUUUGGUUUGGCCAUCAUGGCCAUGAUACAGAUGAUAGGUCACGUGAGUGGUGGCCACGUUAACCCUGCUGUCACAGUGGCAAUGACAGUUGCCAUGAAGAGCUCAGUUAUCAGAGCUGUACUAUAUGUCUUCGCGCAGUCCGGCGGUGCCAUCGUAGGAGCUUUUAUACUGAAAGGGGUUACUCCGUCCGUGUUCCACGAUAAUCUUGGAGUGAAUGACAUCGCCGGCAUAACUUCAGCUCAGGGAUUUGGUAUCGAGCUGAUUUUAACAUUCGUCCUGGUAAUUGUGAUAUUCGGGACUACAGAUGGGGACAGACCAGCCUUUGGCAGCCAAGCAUUGUUGAUCGGUUUAACGGUGACGUUAGGCCACGUUUCAAGUAUUUCAUUCACUGGUGCCAGUAUGAAUCCCGCCAGAAGUCUAGGUUCAGCAGUAGCUUCCAACUCCUGGGACAACCAUUGGAUUUACUGGGUAGGACCAAUAUUGGGCGGAGUUUUAGCAGCUUUGGUGUACAAACUGAUCUUAAGUCCA